AUGGAAGUUAAUGACAUCAAAUCAUCGUCAUCUCCACAAGAGGCUUCAGAUGAGGCGGAGCAAAUUUCUACAUCUCUUAGAAGGUUGUUCAUAAAAGUUGUUGUGAUGGUAGUGCUGGCGAUGGAUUUAAGGAAAAAAAGACGUUUACAUGCUGAUCAACGUGCGCAAAUUACUUAUCAGAAAAUUCUAGAAGAGCGUAAACUUGAAAGAGAAAAACGUCAAUUGGAUAAAGAAAGUAGGUUAAAAGCUUUGGAGAAAUAUAAUUCACUGAAGCGCAAAAUGAACAGAGCAUUAUCGAAAAGAAAUAGACGAGGUCAGCCGAAUCUUAAUGCACAAAUCGAAGUGUUGUUAGAAAAGAUCGAAAAACGUGUGAAUAAAGGAAUGAGUGAUUCUAGAGAACGGAAGCCAAAUGAAAUUCAUUUUCGAUGCAAUUUUCUUUACAGUGCAGCGGGCCUGAUCUCUUCAAUUUCUGACAAUCAAGCUAUGCAAUUCGUCAGUCAGUUCUAUCUUCGUGAAAUGAAAAAACUGUGCGACACUGAAUUAAUAAGGAUAGAAAAAGAUUUUAAUCGAACAAUCUGUAAACGCUGUAGAUGCAUUUUCGUGCCCCGCUCUGAUGGAUCUCAAUCUAUGUCUCUCAGGCUAGACAGAAAGAAAAGGUUGGUCAGAAAAUGUCUCAAUUGUCAUGCAGAAAAGUACUUCGUCCGAAACAGCAAGUACUUGUCUCGCAAUGAACGUGCUCAGGUAGCGAAUAAAGAAGGUGAUCAGCAAAAUGAGACAGUAAAUGAAACACGAGAGAAAAUUUAUGGCAAUCAAGAACAUUAA